CUCGUUCGUUUUGGACUAAUCCCAGUUAAUGUAGUGAGAGAGUGUGAUGCUGGCUGCUGCAGCUUGCUGACUAACAGACUUAGCGACCACCUCGAUCAUCGAUGGAAGCCGCCGCCCUCUUCCGCCUGCUCUGCCCAUCCUCCAAAACCGCCGCCCUCAUCCCCAAACUGGGCUCCACCCCUGGCGCCAAGGUCCGGAUCGAACACCCAACCCAUGGCGGCGACGAGUGCGUCGUCCUCAUCUUCGCCGAACCAAAUGCCCAAUCGCCCAAUAACGCCGCCCAAACCCUAGACAAGGCAGAAAGGUCGCCUGCCCAGCAAGCCCUGGUUAGGGUGUUCGGGAAGGUAACGGUUGACGACGCCGGUGAAGCAGAAAAGGGUAAUAGCGGCGGCUGCGGCGGCUUGGUGUGUUGUAGGUUGCUGGUGGCAAGCAGCCAGGUUGGGUGUGUGCUUGGGAGAGGGGGCAAGAUUGUGGAGAAGAUUAGGCAGGAGAGUGGAGCCCACGUUAGGGUUUUGCCCAGAGACCAGAUUCCGCCGUGUGCAUCCCCUGCAGAUGAGUUGAUUCAGAUAACAGGAGACUUUUCAGCAGUGAAGAAAGCACUUCUGUCUGUUUCAGGUUGUCUUCAGGAUAACCCUAAGGAAGAUGUAGCUAACUCUGGUGCUACCAAAAUUUCAGGGGGAUCGAUUCACGGAACUGGUAUGCCUGCACAAGUUGACCCUAUUGCUCAUCGGGGCUUUGGGCCUGGCUUUAAUGCGUCAGAUUAUCACUCAAGGAAUUAUUCUUCUAAUCCCGGGACUGAAAAUAUUGGACGUGGUCACAGGAUGGCUAUGGAAGAAGAGGUGGUAUUCAAGUUGCUAUGUCAUGUUGAUAAGGUUGGCAGUCUGAUAGGGAAGGGUGGCUCCAUUGUUCGGACUAUGCAAAGUGAAACUGGUGCAUCAAUUAAGAUUGCUGAUUGUGCACCUGAUUCAGAUGAGCGGGUUGUUAUCAUAUCUGCACAAGAGAAUCCAGAGCAAAAAUAUUCCCCGGCACAGGAAGCUGUUAUUCGUGCACAUCAUCGAAUUGCAGAGAUUGGGUUUGAACCUGGUGCUGCAGUGGUUGCUAGGCUUCUUGUACAUCCACAACAGAUAGGUUGUUUAUUGGGUAAAGGAGGUUUCAUUAUUACAGAAAUGAGAAGAGCUACUGGUGCUAGUAUACGAAUUUUUCCAAAGGAACAAGUCCAGAAGGGUAGCUACCAAAAUGAUGAAGUUGUACAGGUUAUUGGAAGCUUGCCUUCUGUACAGGAUGCACUCUUUCAUAUAACAAGUAGGAUUCGGGAAACAAUUUUCCCUAUGAGACCCCCUUAUGCUAAUUUCAGUGGCCCGCCCUAUAUGUCUCCAUUUCCCGAGAUGCCUCCCCCCUCCUUUAGACCGAGGCAUAACCCAGCCUCCCCUGGUCCCUAUCCUUCACCUGGAUUCCAUCAUGGAAUUGAUCAUUCUGCUUUUCCAUCACAAACUCCUGAUCAUCAGCCUUCAUUUUCUCAUGGUAUGGAUCACAACGGUCCAGCCCACAUGGACCGAGUUCCCUAUUCUUUUGGUAAUGAGCGACCAGGACAUGGUCCAACAUUUGAGAGUCCUUCUCCAAGGGCUUGGACUCCCCAGGGAGUAAGCUGUGGGACCCCUAGAGGAGCUGCUGAUGUUGGUUCAGGCUUGGCUUCAAGAAAUGGGUCUCGACGAAGCAGUGGAAGUCAACAACCUUACUUAACCAGCACAACAGUGGAGAUCACGAUUCCUCAGACGUUGAUAACUCACGUUCAUGGAGAGAACAACGGUAAUCUGAGCCAGAUCCGGCAGAUCUCAGGCGCACAUGUGAUUGUUCACGAUUCAAAACCUGGAUCGUUGGAAACCCUGGUUGUCGUGUCCGGACCUCCAGAUAAAACGCGUGCUGCUCAGACCCUUAUUCAUGGUUUCAUCCUUUGUGGCCAGACACAACUUUGACAAUCUGUUUAAACGUUUAGAUGAACUCAUCACAAAAAAGCGUAUUGUAAUUUGCUUCGACUACUUCUCAUUCCAAUAUCGAAAAAAAAGUCCGAGUUUGAAUUCUCAUUUUUUGGAGAAAAAAGUACGUAUUAGGUACAAGUA